AUUAAUUAUGACAACAAACGGUCAUUCUGGUUAUCCAUUGAAGUGGUUUAAAGAUGAAAAUGUGGCAAGAAAUUCAUUUGGGUGUGCCUUUUGUUUGGAAGUUUUGAAACAUCCCGUGCGAGUGAGAAAUUGUGGACAUCAAUUUUGUGCUCUCUGUAUUGACGAUAUUCUCAAGUAAAUUUGGAAACUGGAUUAAUAGUUUCGUAGCUAGAAUAAUUAAUUUGUCGAAUAUGCGAAGAAUAUGUAGAUUUGUUAUGUGAACGUCCGCCAUUUUUCAACAUUCGCAGGGGGAGUGAAUACCUCUCAUAAGUGCGCUUUCUACGUGGCGACAUAGUCUUUCGAGACAUGGUCUGGAAACUCAGUAAACUUCAAAGCGGCUAUAAUGAGCUGGGAGUUUAUGUUGAACCGUACCUUACACCGUGUUUUAGGUUACACCGUGUUUUAGGUUUAUUAAUAUUUAAAUAGCAUGGUUGAAUGACUGAACUGAAACGUUGCUAUUGGAUGAUUCCUUCAUUACACUGAAAUACAAUGUGUUCAUUGACCGUGCACAAAACUGCAUAAACGCGGCGAACAAAAAGAUAGAACAAAGACUUUAGCGGAGUUUCCAAACCAUGUUUUGAAAGACUAUGGUGGCGGCUGAGCCAGAAUGUUAGGCAAAAUCAAGAAGUCGACCUUCUGCAGGGUUCCUAUUCUGUGAUUAUACACUGGCAUAAUGGCAUAAUUAACCUACACCAUAAUUAAAUUUGUCAGCACUUUGUCAGCAUGAAUAAAAAGUUUUUAAACCAUUUUGAAUGCUAAAAUUUUAUUUCAAAACUAAAACUAGUGCAAAAGUUGACCCUGUGGAGGAAGCAUGCUAAAGUGAUACCAAAGCCAAAGGGGCUGGGAGUGCGCAUCCCAGUAGGCAAUUCCAGCUUUUAGUUUAUGCCUGCAGGGGAUGAUGGGAAGUAAGGUAUCAUAGUGCUGAUUAUGCUGAAAAAUUUCAAUAAAAACUACCGAAGCAACCAAAAUAUUUCAAUAUUUACAAGUAUAAGCUAUCAUCACUCCGUGUUUACACGGCCACCAUUUCUAUUUUUUCAGCAUAAUCAGCAAUGCGAUACCUUACUUCCCAUCGUCCCCUGCACGCAUAAACUAAAAGCUGGAAUUGCCUGUUGCCAAGGUCUUUCAUGUGAGAUCUUGGCAACUGGGCUAGCCCAGUUUUUGAAAUAAACACAAUUAAGUAAUUUAAUUUCCACUAUAAAAUACUACUACAGUCUACAUGUCACUGACUAAUCAUUAGUUAAAUUUUAAUUUUAACAGAACAGAUUCUCGUUGUCCAUCAUGCAGAAUUAGAAUAUCCAAAACCAAGGUAAGUUCGCAACUAGUAUACUUUGAAACUGAAUGUAUAUAGUAUUUGGUAAUGCAAUAUUGCUUUUUGACUGGUAGUUAGAUUCAUUAUAUUAUUGUAAUCUCAACAGUUUAUAUAUUCAAAGGUGUUUAAAGACUAUGCAGCCAGACGUUUGAUCAAAAAGUUAAAUGUAAAUUGUUGCAAUGAAGGAUGUAGUUGGGUGGGAAAAUUACAUUCCCUUGAAAAGGUACUGCUACAUUUCUGGCUGUAUUAGUAACUGAGUGAGUGAUGCACUUGGUUGGUUUGUUGGCGUGUCAGUUGGUUUUUCAGACAAUCAACUCAUUGGUCAGUCACUCCUGAAAUCAGCACAGCCUUCCAAAGUCAGUCAUUCAGUCAGGACAUGAAUUUGUGCACUUUAAAUAAACUAUGAGGGUAUUGCAGACUUUAUUUGAUAUCUAUGAUUUCUCUCUCACUAUUUAAAGAUACUGUGCUUUUUAUUGUCUGUUGUUUAUUUUAGUCUCAUAUGAAAAGCUGCAACGUUUUGGUUUCCAAAGCCGAUGACAAUACUGCGAAACACUUGGAUGUGGCGAAAUAUGAAGCAAAAUGCUGUGAAACUCUCUUGUUGAAUGUUUCAACAUUAGAAGGAUUGGUAAUUCGUGUAAUUCUUGUGGUGGUUAACCGCCCUUUUUAUCUGCGAAUGCUAUCGUGUGGGCAAUUAAGUGUGUGUUUUGUGUAUGUUACGCUGGUCACCAGAGGACAAUAACACACAAUUCUUAGAUUUGCGAAGUGUGUUUUACGAGUACUGAAAGCCGUCUUGCAAAACACCAGUCGCCACUAGAUUUUAUGUACUAUUUAAAACAUGAGCAGCAGUGUUUUAUCAGAUAUAAAGAUACGAGGCGAAGCCGAGUAUCUUUAGGUCUGAUAAAACACGUACUGCGAAUGUUUUAAAUUGCUUCAAGAACGAUCAAUCUAGUAAGUUCAUUGGCGAAGUAAUUUUCAAAAAAUACGUUGUGUAAGUAGAGAAAAUCAAAGUUAAAGUUUAUGUAAAUCAAGGGAAAUCUCUAUCACGUAUAAAGAUACGAGACGCUUAUAAUUUUUCUUUGUGUUUUCCUCAUGAAUUAUUAAUGAGUUUUUGAAGUUUGAAACGAAAACCAGAAUGAUUCAUAUUACUGAAAACGUGUUUCGGCGUUUGCUGGUAUUAAAUACCUAAAUUAAACUUGUGUAUUUUAGCGUGGCAAAGAGGUAAAGAAACCCAGAAAACAGAUGGCGUCUUUAGGAACAUAUACAAAGCUGCAGCCACCUACUCAUAUACAAACUCUGGAACGACUUAGGCGUAACCCAAUCGUAACAGUAGCCUUGAAGAUACGAAAUUUCACUAGAAAAUUAAGGCUAGCGAAAUCAAGCAACAGAUAUGGGAGAAUUGACAGUAAACCAUUUUAUACUCAUCAUGGAUACAGAAUGAAAAUCUCAAUCUAUUUGAACGAAGGCCCUCGCCGGCCUCGCGGAUACAAGGGUUACAUGGGCAUUUACUUAUGUUUAAUGCAAGGUGAUCAUGAUAACAGAUUGAAAUGGCCCUUUGACAAAAGAGUGACAUUUAUCGUUGUUGAUCAACAAAAUAGCAAAUCAAAAGUAGAUAAUUUCGAAAUAACUAUGAUUCCAGAGGGACAAAAAGAAUUUAAUAGGCCGUUAGUUGGAAAGAACGAAGGUCUUGGUAAUCCACAGUUUAUGCUCCAUUCCACUCUACGCACUCGAGAGUACGUAAGAAACCAUAAUGUUUACAUUGCAGUCGCAAUAGAACCUUAAUCUAGCUUCCGAAUGAAAAUACUUUCUGAACAUUGUUCCUAUUAAUUGUUGGACUUUAUUUGCUUUCUGCCAGCAAGAGAUGAAGGAUUGACUAUAUAAAUAAUUAUAGAGAGUGUUGAAUGAUUUAGUUAAUGUACUAACGAUGUCUUAAAGUGAAUACAGUUUGACUUUCGUUCCACCUUUUUGUUCACCUGUAGUGAUUCGUACAAUGCAUAAUUCAGACACGAUUAUUAAUACCGUCAAUAUUUUAAACAUCAGAG